AAGGUGGGAGGCGGCACGGUAGGAGGGGUGGGUGGAUAGGAGGGCGAAAAGGUAAAGGUUAGAAGAGGUUAUGAACUCUAACCCGCGGAUACACAACGAAGCCUGGUAGCCAGUCCGCUGGUCCCAAUCGCGCAUCGGCACGGAUCAGUCGUCGUUGCUGCUAGCCGCGGAGAGAGAAAUGGACAGGGACCAUAGGGAGCAACGCGAUCACAAUAAUCUGAGCGAGAAAGAGCCGGACUGCAAAGUUGGAAUGGAUUUUCGCAGCCUCUCCCACCAUCGCGAUCGUACGCCGGAUGCCGACGCAGAGAGAGACAUGGACAUCGAUUCGGCUGAUCGCAUCGAGAAUUUGCACGAUGACAAGUCCGAGAAAUUAGGGAGGAAUUUUCAUAAUAUAGGGCAUCACCCAGCCAUGAGAGAUGUAGACAGGGAUCAAAAUAAUCACGUUGAUAAUAUGCACGAUGAUAAGAUGGAUCAUAAGAUAGGACGAGAUUUUCGCAUCUCGGCUCAUCCCGGAAUGGUUCAUUUGCACUCCAGCAUGGAACAUUUGACUAAUGUCGACGUUGAGGUGAAGUUAGCGAGAGAUGUUCGUGGUUCAUUAGGUUUAGGGCUAUCCUUAGAACUUUGUGUAGUUUGUGGCGAUAGAGCUAGUGGCAGGCACUAUGGAGCGAUUAGUUGCGAGGGUUGCAAGGGAUUUUUUAAACGCAGCAUCCGCAAGCAGCUGGGUUACCAGUGCAGAGGAAGUAAAAGUUGCGAAGUUACCAAACACCACAGAAAUCGUUGUCAGUAUUGUAGACUUCAGAAAUGCUUGGCAAUGGGCAUGCGAAGUGACUCUGUCCAACACGAGAGGAAACCAGUGUUGGGCGAUUCGACCGCGACUAAAGUUGGCAACCGUAGUCCCAGAGUGAAACCGGAACCGCAACAGUCCGCGCCCGAGGCACCGCCGACCUGGGAACAGCCCGAGAGUCCUGGCAUGGAAGAUCAAAGCAGCGAUAGUGAUCUCAGCGACGCUUUGACUUUAGCUCGAGAGCGUUUACUCAUUUCUCAUGCAUUAGACAGCAUGGCUAAAAUCAUUGGUGACAAUGUUAAUGGUUCGAGCGAGCCGGAGGAAGAAUGGACCGGCCAAUUAAUCUCCGAGCGAAAUACAUUGUUCGAGUUGAGAGCGCCUAGCCCGGCACCUGUAUAUUUAUCUAUUCAUUACAUAUGCGAAAGUGCAGCUAGGUUACUAUUUUUAUCUGUUCACUGGGCGCAAGGUAUUCCGGCAUUUCAAGCUUUGCCAUCUGAUGUUCAGACGACUUUAGUGCGAAGUUCCUGGGGACAAUUGUUUACAUUAGGUCUGGCACAAUGUGCAUACACCCUGUCGCUUCCUAGUAUUUUGACGUCAAUAAUCAAUCACUUGCAAGCAAGUAUCGCACAAGAGAAAGUUACUGCUAGCAAAGUAAAAUGCGUUACGGAACACAUAUGUAGAUUACAGGAUUGUGUGAGUUCGUUGCACAAACUGCAAGUGGAUUCUGUCGAAUACGCAUAUCUUAAAGCUUUAACGCUUUUUAGCGCCGAUAAUAUUCUAGCAGGUAUUUGGCGUAAGAAGGUUGAGGUCUUACAGGAAGCAGCGUGCACGGAGUUACAACAACGCGUGGGCUCCGACAGAUUACCUCGCCUUCUGCUGAGGCUAGCGCCGCUUCGUUCGAUCAAUCCCAGGGUUCUGGAGGACCUCUUCUUCUCAGGCCUCAUCGGUCGAGUAAGCGUGGCUAGCGUUGUGCCUUAUAUCCUUACCAUGCAGGAUUAUAAAACCGAACCGGAGAGUCAUGCGGGGUGACAAAUACUGUCAGUGCAAUGUAAGUCGUGAUCUAAACAGUGAUAUACAUGUAAAAUGUUGGCCUCAAACGUUUUCUUACAACGAACUCGGAUAUAAACAGUCGAAAUAAUUUUUUUUUUCGCCUUUCCUUUUCGCGUUUCCUUUUCUUCUUUCAAAUAUUUGU